AUGGAUUCUUCAUCACCAUCUUCGUCCCGUAACAGCCUAGACACUGGCACUGAUGCUGCGAAACUGGAAGCAGCCAAUCGCUAUGUCCGCUGGAAUCUUUUGUUUCUCGUCAUCAUCUCUACCUUUCUUGUCUUCCCGAUAUGGAUGCCCUUUACUCCUUACGUCAAUCAAGUGACCAAUAUCUUUAUCAUCAUCAUCGUUGGUCUUUUCCAGCUCAUCUGGCUAAUAGCCACUAUUUGCGCCAUACGUCGAACAAUAGCCAUCAACAGCCGAAACAAACGCAAGCUUGCAAAAGCCCAAGAUGUUGAAGCAUCUCAGGCAACCGCCACGAACAUCCAUCACAUUGUUGCCAUGACCCUAUACAAGGAGCCUAUGGGCGUGCUGCAAACCACCUUGGACUCACUCGUGGAGCAACAGGAUGCCAAAACGCGUCUCUCCGUCAUUAUUGGCAUGGAAUGCCGCACACCUGAUAAGGAAUCCAAACGCAAUGAGGUCUACGCGAAGUACGAGAACAAGUUCCGCCGUUUGAUCGUUACCUUUCAUCCCUCGGGGAUUUCCGGCGAAAUCCCUGGCAAGUGUUCCAACAUGAACUACGCUUGUCGUCAGGGUUUACAGAUUCUGCGUCAAGAUGUUGAGUACAACUAUGAAAAGUAUGAGCAUAUUUUUACAAACUGCGACUGUGACGCCGUCUUCGACCCUGAGUACAUGCUGGAGCUUGAGACCGAGUACUUGAAGCUGAAUUCUGCAGAUCGUCAUUCUUCCAUCUGGCAAUCCAUCAUCAUCUACAAACGCGACUCAAUGCCCUUUUUUGUCGACAUUACCGGCGUUUUGCGAACCUUUUUCUUCAUGGGUGUAUUGAUACCUUGGAACAUCAAUCCCAUGUCCCACUAUUCCCUUAGCGUCCAGUUACUCGAGGAGGGUGCUUUCACUCAUCCAGCCUACCAGAUGGAAGAUAUCAUUGCUCUAAUACGCUACACCAUCAUGACAAAACGAGAGAUCCGCAUCAGGCCUUUGAACAUCAUUUCCAUCAACGGUCCUACAUCUGGUGCUAACUAUGUUGACGAGAUACGCGAGUGGGCCCUUCAGAUUCGACGAUGGACCAUCGGCGCAGGCGAAGUCUUUCAUUACUUUAUCGUCAAGACCUACAGAAUGCCUGGAUUGUACCUUUCUAUCAGCUGGGCGACGCGUUUUUUUAUUUACUACGGCCUCGUCCUCUGCGCCAGCGCUAUCUUCUCUGUAGUAUCUCCCAUUAUUGUUCAGUUAGUCAACGGUGUUGCUACUGAACAUGAUGCACUUUUUAUCGGCGACUCUCUAUUCUCGACCAUUUGCUUCAUCUUCUUAGGAACGCAAUAUGCCUUUUUGCUCGUCGUUACCGUUCUUGUCCGCUGGAAUCUCCCUGCACCUUGUGAUGGUAAGAGCAAUUAUAACAAGGGUGCUUGGGGUGUUGCAAGAGGACUAUUGCACUGGAUCCUGAUGCUGCCAACGAUCCUGGCGUACAGCUUUGUUGAGCUUUACUCCUUCUUCGAGCUGGCCUUUAGAGGAAAGGAUGUUUGUAAACAUAAUGCAGCAAGCAAGAGCAAUUUAGUUCUGGUGAAAGAUAAUGGGAACUGA